AUGAUGAAGGGAAUGUCAUGGUUUGGAAAGCAUCGCAAUAAGACACACACAUUGUGCUGUCACUGUGGCUUUAAGGCCUACCACCUUCAAAAGCUGACCUGUGGCAAAUGUGGCUAUAUCGCCAAGUGCAAGAAAAAAUAUAAUUGGAGUACCAAGGCUAAAAGACGAAAUACCACUGGUACUGGUCAAAUGAGACACCUAAAAAUUAUAUACCACAGAUUCAGGGAUGGAUAUUGUGAAGGAACAACACCUAAACCAGAGAGGGCAGGUGUUGCAGCAUCCAGUUCAUCUUAAGGAGUUCAAUGCUUGG